AUGUCAGAGACCGAUGGAGACGCCAAAGCCCCAAAAUCCAGGGGUGUGUUUUGUGAUUUAAUGGAUUUAGGGAAUGUGCUGUGCCGCAGAGGAGACUGGGAAAAGGCUGCAGAGAGCUUCACAACGGCGCUGACUCUAAAGCCUGAUGAGAGGAACGGCCUUGUUUGUCGGUCCAGAUGUUACCUGCACAUGGGGCAGUUUGAAAACGCUCUCAGAGAUUCAGAAGCUUCACUCAACGACGACAAGACAUUUUGCGAGGGACUGUACCAGAAGGCAGAGGCUUUGUACCACAUGGGAGAACUUGAAUUUGCGCUGGUGUUUUACCACCGAGGACAAAAGUUGCGUCCUCAGAUGCAGGAGUUCAGACUGGGUAUCCAAAAAGCACAGGACGACAUAGUUACCUGUAUUAACAACAACACCUGUGUUAAUCUGAAAAUGAAUGAAGACGCAUCAUUUCUUCAAAAAGAUGAGAAGGCACAGCCAAGCACUUCUAUUCAGCCCUUGACCGAGGAGAAUAAAUACCAGACCCAGAAAACUCCUGUGAGUGAGAAGGUGACCAGGCAGCUGUUCGGAGAGUUUUACAGUGACAAGAAAUAUCUUGAAAACCUGCUGAAAGAUGACGGCUUGGUAAAGAGCAAGACGAAGGGUGGGGAGAACCUGCAGGACAUCAUUCGGACCCACCUGAAAUAUCUUGACACUUGCACCGACCACUUUAACCAGAAGAAACCUGGGAAACGGGAAAAGCAGAGUAAACCAAAAGGUAGCAAGCAGCGUCCUCGAGCUCCCCGUGAACCUGCUCUGUUUCUGCUGAAGAGCCUGGAUGACAUUGAUGCAGAGUUGACCUCUGGAAAUGCGGAGGGUAGUCUCAAGAAGGCAAAAGAAGUCAUGGAGGAGGUGCAGAGAUGGUCUGAGAAAGUGGUACCCGACAAGAAAGAGGUUUUGGGCAGCCUGCACAGUUGCAUUGGGAACGCCUUGAUCGAGCUCGGAGAUAUGGACAACGCCUUAGAACAUCAUCAAAAAGACUUGGAGUUGGCUGUGAAGUGCAACCACCCGGAGUCAAUGUCCCGGGCACUGGACAACAUUGGCAGAGUCUAUGCCCAAAUUGGAGACUUCAAAAAAGCCAUUGAGUUCUGGGAAAAGAAGAUCCCCCUGCUCCGCCGUGGUGUAGAGAAGACCUGGUUAUUCCACGAGGUUGGUCGGUGUUACCUGGAGCUUGGUCUCCACAAAGAAGCCAGAGACUACGGUGUCCGUUCUCUUGCUGCAGCCGAUGAGAUCGCUGAUGACAAAUGGCAUAUUAAUGCCAAUGUGUUGGUGGCGCAAUCAGAAAUGAAACUUGGAAAUAUUGAAUCCUGUGUCGCUAGCUUCGAGAGAGCCUUGACCCAUGCCAAACUGCAACAAGACGACUUCCUCACGAAUGCUAUUCAGAAGGCUCUUGAUGAAGCAAAAACACAACUACCACGAUGAGGAUGUAUCCAGG